UUUAAGACCUUUUGGUCCAAAGAGGCGACUCAAAGUCUCUACUUCACCAGUCGCAUCAAUCGCGACCUCUACAAUCUCCUGAGCACGCUACCAAAGCUCUCAGUCGAGCACAUCAGGGACAUUCGUCCACAUCAAGGACAUAUUCGUCCACCUCAAGGACAUAUUCGUCCACCGCAACGACAACAUCGUCCACAUCAAGGACAACAUUGUCCACAUCAAGGACAACCCUCGUCCACAUCAAGGACAACCUCGUCCAACUCAAGGACAACCUCGUCCAACUCAAGGACAACCAGGUCCACAUCAAGGACAACCCUCGUCCACAUCAAGGACAACAUCGUCCACAUCAAGGACAACCAAGUCCACCGCAAGGACAAUCUCGUCCACCUCAAGGACAUCCACAUCAAGGACAUACGUCAUCAAUAUGACAGAUUUCACUGAUUUGCUAGUCUCAAAGACUACAAUCAUCCUCAAUACAACCAAUGACUGGGACCGAUGGAUCUACCUCCAAAGGUCAGUCGCGGAACAGCUAUUUGUCUGGGAAUACUGCAACCCAGAGCUCUCAGCAGAUGAGGUGAUGAUACUAGGAGACAUACCAGUUGAGCCAACAUAUAGCGAUCAUCAAUCGGGCGCCACCAAACCAUCUGAAAUGGAUGCAAAAAACCUAUCCGACUAUACCGCUGACCACAAUCAAUGGGAGCGCAAAAUCACAGAGUACAAGAUCCUGCGCAAAUCUCUAGCUAGGGUGAGUGCAGAGAUCUCUCGGACAAUUGCACUCCAGCAUUACUUCCUGAUUGAGGAUCACAAUGAUGCCUACAACAAACUCGUAGCGCUCAAACGUCAACUAGCACCAACCAGCUCCAAUCGCCAAAGGAUACUUAUAGAGCAAUACCGAGCUCUUCAGAAGAAACCACACAAGGAUUUUGACGCAUGGCUGAGCGAAUGGCUACAAACUGUUGGGCAGUGCAGGAGAGCGAAUCUUCCAGAUGUCCAAGGUACCCGCGUGCAAACCGACUUCCUUCGUACUAUUAAGCCUCUAGCACCAGAGUUCGCAGCCAACGCACUGCUCUAUAUCAUAGAGAAAGAGGACUGUAAUGAUCUUGCAUCAAUUCCAAGCCUAGAAGACUACAUCUCUCGAUACCGCACCUGGCACCGCACUAUGAACCCUGCGGCCAGCGUAUACGAUCUCUCCAGGCAUUGCGUCGCGUCGAUAGGUCCAGCCGUAUUGGGUGUUGUUGCAGAUGUGCGCGUUUGAGCCAGGAUCUAGUAUCCAACGAUUGAUG